GUGAUGGCUGACGACAAGGAGCAUUCCAUUUGCAGGUAUAAAGAGCAAUGAACAGGCUGAAGAACAUUUCUGGAGUUAAGCUUGUGCUUCAAGAAUGGACAGAAAAUGUGGGAAAUACGUAGUGAUGGAACAGUCUGGAAACCAGCAGAUGAGUAUUGGUGGCACCACCGUGCCAUUCCCGAACCUUGGAAAUGAUGAAGCUCAGAGUUCAGCCUGUAAGUUUGCAACAUCAAUUGAUGUAACUGGCGAUGCUGGUCCCAAUUUAAAUGACAUCUGCAUCAACAGAGGGACCCUUGGACUUCCAAAUUUUCCAAACAGAGAAUCCCAACAUUUUCAGGUGACACGAAAUUUGUUUAGUGGCUGGUCUCUGUGGAAAAUAUUCCUGGCUUGUCUCUUAGCUUCUGUGAUAACAGUGGCAAUUGGAGUACUCAUAGUGUCUCUGGUGUAUAAUGGGAAAAAUAAUAAUGCCCCCAUUUUUAUACAACUUACUCAAAACCAGGGGACAAUCUCAUUGACUGAAACAAGCUCAUCUGCUAGUUCCGAAACUACAGUUGCCACUAGCACAACAGAUUCUACCACAACAUCCAGUACCAUGACUACCAUCACUGAGCACACUUCAACGGAACCUACAAGUAUACCAACCACUGAUUCCACAGAAACCACAAUUGCAACAGACGCCACUUCAACUGAAAAAACGAUCACAGAUACAACUGAGGGUACGACCAAAACAGCCACCACUGCCUCCACCACUUCUACUGAGACUAUGACUACCACAGUUGCCACCACCACACCUCAACCAACUACCACGACAACGGCCGGCACUACCACUAAGGCUGAAACCACAACAGACAACUGAUUCUUCCAUUUCUGGUUAGACUACA